AUGCUCCGGUUUGCUCGCCGGCAAAGAUGCUAUAACUUCUUGCGUGGUACGCGUACAAUCACCGUCCGGACACCCGGGCCAACGCCUCCGGAGGUCGCCCAGCUGCUUGCGACCUACGCACAACAUCCGCCACAACCGUUGACUUUGGGGAAAUUGGUCUCAUUCUCCCGACCUCUCACCCAUGAAUCGUUGUUGUCUUGUGUGCAGCUUGCUCAGGCUGAGAUACCUCGCCGGCUAGCAACUCGUAUUCAGGCUCUUGAAAGUCUGCCGUUCAUCGUCGGAACCAACCCGCACAUCGCCCGUAUCCUCGAGGGGUUCAGAGAUAGCUUCAUGCUCAUUGCUACCCAUCCUCCCGUGCAAAACUUGCGCGACAACGCGGUCUUCGCAGGAAAGCUUGAGGACCUGAUAUCUUCACAUGCGGAUGAUAUCCCUCUGAUAGCCAAAGGAUUCCAAGAGUGCGUGCAGCAUGAUUACAUGUCUGCUACAGCCAUCUCCGAUUAUGUCGACGCUGCUAUCCGAAACCGUAUCGCCGUACGUCUGAUUGCAGAGCAGCACGUCGCUCUCACACACGCGUUGGACAGCCCGCCGUCGUCUUCGACACAUGUCGGUAUCGUUGAUACUGAACUGUCCCCCGUCAAGAUGAUCAACAUGUGUGCCUCUUUCGUGGGCGAGCUAUGUGAAGGUUCGUUAGGCGGGAGCCCGAAGGUCGUGGUCGACGGUCACACAGACGCGAGGUUUGCAUAUGUUCCGGUGCAUAUGGAGUACAUCUUGACUGAGGUGCUGAAGAACGCGUUCCGUGCGACCGUCGAGAAGCACCUGAAACAGCAUGGCGAUUCUUCCGCACAUUCCGUGCCUCCUGUCCACAUCACGAUCUCUCUUCCUCCGGAGAUGCCGCUCACACCACCUACGGCGAAGCGCCCUCCCCGAAUGCUUCACAUACGCAUACGUGACCAGGGAGGGGGCGUCGCACCCUCCCAUAUGCCUCACAUUUUCUCAUACGCCUUCACCACAGCCGGCCGAGCGUCCGACGGGUCACUCGGAGAGGAAGACCUUGAAGGGCCCUACGCUGGCCAACAUGUCGGCGGCGGCGCAGCUUCGGUUGGCGGAGACUUGUUUAGCGAGAUUGCCGGGAAGGGCGUACAGACCGGACUGGGAACGAUUGCUGGCUUGGGCUUUGGGUUGCCGAUGAGCCGCCUAUAUACUAGGUACUUCGGCGGUUCCUUCGAACUCUUCUCGUUGGACGGAUGGGGGUGCGAUGUCGUCCUCAAGCUGCGUUGCUUGGACAGUGCCGAAGAUGUGCAGAUCUGA